CAUGUAUUGUAGACCAGCCUUCACAUUUACAUUGUUGAGUGAGAAAUUGUAACAUAAAUGCAAUAUAAUUGAUGCUCGGUGUUCACUGGGUAAUACAAAGUAUUUGCGUAUGUCAACAUUUUCUGUAAAAAGUUUUAGUAUAACUGAGAAAAUAUCUCGAAAUCAAGAAUUGAAGUAAAGGUGUUUAACUUUCACGAGUAAAAAAUCAAUUGCCUAAAAUAUUAUAUACAAUUAACGAAUUUUCUGUAGUUAUACAAUAAAUUAACAAAUAUAACUAGAGAAAUAAAGCAACUUUUUAAGAUGACUUCUCGAGUUACAGCGGUUUGUUUCAAUUGGCAUUGACAAAGUGAAAGGAAAUCGUUAUCCUUCGAACCUGAUAAUAUAGAAAUUAAAGCGACUGCAUUACAAUUUGUAAUCGCUGAUACAAAUCUGAGUGAAGGCUUUUUUAAAGUUCCUAGUACACUGAAAGAUCCAUAUUAAUAUCUCGCAGUCUUUUCCUACGUCAAAUAAAAACUUUCCCUAAACGGGACAACAAAACUGCAGAUAAAACCUUUUACUCAUCGCGAUUUGUUUUUAACGAACGGAAAUUUAAUGGUACCAUCGCGUGGUCUAGGAUUGUUGCAUCGAAUUUACUCGAGAGCGCAUCUCAACAUGCCAUCCGAAUUGGAAUUGAUCGCCGCAGCAUGCGAAAAUAUGGGCAUUGGCGCAAACGGCGAUUUACCUUGGCGUUUAAAGACGGAAAUGGCGUUCUUCACGCGCAUGACGACUGACACAAAGGACAAAAAUAAAAGGAACGUCGUGCUUAUGGGCCGGCGCACGUGGGAGUGCAUUCCCAGCAAAUAUCGGCCUCUGAAGGACCGUAUAAACAUGGUGUUAACAUCGCAAUCUCUGGAUUACGGGGACGAGGCGAUAGCGUGCAAGAGUAUACCGCACGCUCUUGAUGUGAUUUCGGGAAUGCAGAAUCAAGUGGAAAGAAUAUGGGUGAUAGGAGGAAGUAGCGUGUACAAGAGCGCUAUGGAAUCUUCGCACUUUGGACGAUUGUAUUUGACGCGUAUAAAGAAAAAAUUUCAAUGUGAUACGUUCUUCCCGCCAAUCCCGAACGACUUCGUGUUAAUCGAAGAUCCAGCGGUGCCACAAGGUACACAGGAAGAAAAUGGAAUUGAAUUUGUAUAUGAAGUGUAUGAGAGAAGAUAAACAGUAGAGCCACUUCCAGCCGAACUAUAAAUGAAUGGGACUAUUUUUAUAAAUGUAUCUUUUGCGUCUGUAAAAACGGAAUACCUAUCGCGAGAUAUUAUUGACGUUGUCAAUUAUGGUCUCUGUAAUAUAAAAAAUAUAUAAACGCAUAAUAAAUAUAUAUUGAUAGUAAUUUA